AUGAUUGGACGACGACAGGCAUGCCAGCCUGGACAGAUCAUAUGGGAGGAAUGCAGGCAAUGCAUCUGCCAAGAUAAUGGAAAGCUUUUGUGUACAAACACAGAAUGCAACGAAGAUCUAAUCAAAACUCGUGCAUCCCAUAGGAGUGAUUCAGCUGUUUGGUGUACUCCUUUUAGAUCUUAUUAUGUGAAUUGCACUCUUUGCGUUUGUCCAGCUUCUGGGAAGAUGGCUGAAGCUCGAUGUGCAACAGACUCUUCUUGUACUCUAAAAGGAACUUACACAUCUGUGGACAUGAUCCCUCAAUCUAUUUGUAUACCAAAAGUCAUGUACUUAUUACCUUGCCUUCAUUGCUUGUGCUCCGAUGAAGGGCUCUUUCUCAAGAACAAAUGCACUGAGACAUGCCAAAAGGCACCUCCAUCAUCUAAACGGUGUAUACCUAAAAAUUUCUAUAGAGUCGGCUGUAAUAUUUGCCGCUGUCCUGACAACGGGUCUCCAGACAAUAAUGUAUGUUCUAAAUUAACUUGUACACAAAACACGAAAUUGACAUCUUUAACUUAUUUGAGAAAUAAAACAUCGGCAUGUGUACCCAACAAGUAUACGAAGCCCAGGUGCCUUUAUUGUGAAUGUAAUAGUCAUGGCAAUGUUAACGAGCAGGCUUGCAUGGAGCAGGAAUGUUUGAAAUUUGAGGAUUUUAAUUAUGAAUCUAUUAAAAGCACAUGCAUUCCAGGGGAAAUGGUCCCUACUUGUGUAGAAUGCUUCUGUCCUCGAAGUAAACUUACCAUAGAAAAGUAUUGUACCAGAGUGUGUUCGCCUCAGAAUAGACUUGUUAUUGUAGAAGCUAUGUUAAAGGAGAAAGUCUCUCUCAUAGAUCGAAACACAGUUAAAGAAACAACGGGCACUGAUUCUUGUGAACCAAAUUCCCUAUUCCUCGAUGAAGGACGAUACUGCCUAUGUUCUAACAAUGGGAACACAAACUACAAACAUUGCACAUCUGUCUUGGAAAAUACAGUGCCUAAAAAACCUUCAAAAAUAUUUAUGGGUAACGACAUGACAGGCUCACGAAAAAUAGAUUUUAACAUUUCAUGUGAACCGAAUACUUACAUCGAAUUCGGUUGUAACUCUUGUUACUGUACUAAAAGUGGAAAGAUUGAUCCAAAAUGGUGUACGAGUGACGAUUGUGAAGCCAAAAAAGUAAUUAUGGAUAGCAAUGUUAACGUUCGUUCAGGUGCACCUAAAGGACCUAAAGUACCAGUUCCUAGUGCUACUUGCAUUCCUGGUUCUGUUAGUAAAAAAGACUGUAAUUUCUGCAUCUGUGGUAGUUCUGGUCUCAUUGUUGAUACGGUGUGCACCAAAAACGUCUGCAACGGGUUGCAAGAAUCUUCUGCGCAGGACCUGCACUGCGAUCCUUCGUCAUAUUAUACUGUUGACUGUAACAUGUGCUACUGCCCUUCAGAUGGGGUCAAGAACGUGGAAAAAUGCACCAAGAAUCAAUGUGAGGUGAAUUUCUUGCGUACAAAUUCAUGCACACCAGGACAAAUGUUUAGUUCAGACUGUAAUAUCUGUGUUUGUCCUCCAAAUGGAGAAAAGAAAGAUAAAAUCUGCACAAAUAGAACAUGCUUUGAAAAUGAUGCUCCUUGGAAGAAGAUAUUCAAAAUAUCUCAGAGUGUGUUUAGAAAUCAUUUAGUUGAAGAAACGACGAAGAAUUUUGAGCCUUGUUUCCCUGGCGAAGAGUUCGAAGUAGGCUGCAAAGUGUGCGUGUGUCCUGAUAUGGGAUUAAAGGAAUACGCUUCGUGUAAUUCUAUGUUAUGCGAGGCACAAACUGCUGAUGAAGAAGAGAGUUUAAUGGAAGAUCGGCAUCGUAGAAAGACUAGGAACUCAGACUUAGCUCCUCGUAGGGUGAUUAAGUAUUCCGAGUCUGAAGAGGAUGACGAUCAUUCCCAUGAUAAUGAUGAAUUUUGCAAAACUUACAACCUCACGGAUAGCGCCGAAAACAAGGAGUGCACACCAGGAUCUGAAUAUAUCAUAAAGUGUCGAGUUUGCAUUUGCCCUUAUAUGGGUCCUAUUACUCUGUUUUGCCGACCAAUGCCGGUGGAUCGCUACUGUGAACAAGCUUACCCUGGUUUUAAUUUCUUGCCCAUGGGUCGUCGGAAUGAAAAAUCUGAAGUGUUUCACUAUCCAAUAAACUCAUGCCACAUUGGUGACGUAAUACAAAAUGAAUGCGUUCAAUGCUUGUGCACUUCAAAUUCCUUCUUCGAGUGUAAACUCGUCGAUUGUAAUAAAACUAAAGUCUUGGAAGAAUAUGACGUGCGGCCUGACCAAACAUGCAUUCCAAAUCAGUUGUACAUUCAAAAUUUAAUUACUUGCAUCUGUAAGAAGGAUGGUACGUGGCCCCACAGAAGCUGUCUUGAGACGUUCUUUUCUUUACCUUCAGCUAAACUUGAAAAACAUUCUUGUAAACCAAACAGUUAUGUAAAAAUAGAUUGCAACAUGUGCAGGUGUGGUCCUGACGGAAAUAUUAUCAAAAACCGUUGCACUAAAAAUAUCUGCGAAGUAAAGCCGUCUCGCAGAAUUGACAUGGAAGAUAACUCCAAACAAUCUAACGUUUACAGCAACUGCAUACUCAAAAACUGGUACUCGCUAGCUCCUUGCCAAUUUUGUUACUGCGUAAACGAAAACAAACUCGUUUGUAAUACUGGUCAUUAUUACGCCAAAAAACUUGAAGUUGGUCAAUAUAAUAUGGAAAUUUGCGGUUUGGAUAUGUUAAAUGAAGCUAUGGAACUUGUACCCGAAGAAGAAAAAUAUCUAAGGCAAGGGAUACCAUUUGAUACAAACGUACUAACUGCAACUGUACAAGAAACUACGACGAUACAAAGUAUUACCAUUGAAAACAAUGAUUUAAAGAAUAUAAAUACAUACAAGCAGAACAGUGAUAACAAACAACAAAGCAGUGAUGAAGGUGAAAUGAACGGGACUGGUGAAAAUGAAGAUGAAUCAGGGUCUGACGAAGACGACAAUACAGAUAAUUCUCCACCAGGUAUGAUUGACAUGGGGAAAAAUGAUAAUUCGGAUACAAAAUCUGACGAUAAUGACGACACAUCUAGUAACGAAGAUAAUUCAAAUGACAGUGAUUCAAAAGAUGAUGAUUCAAAUGAAAUAAGUGUCGAUAUAACACGUACCAAGAAGGGUAAAGUAUCUUCCGAGUCACUUGAUGAAAAGUCGAAGAAUCAACGACCAACAACAAAGCAGGCUUUUGAAGAUCUUGAAUUUGUUGACAAUACUUUAAAGAUUAAUGUGCCAAACGUACUUAAUAAAGUAUUUCAAAUGGCGCUGAGGAAAUCCAUGGUGUCUCUGAAUAAUGAGACACAUUGUACUCCAGGUGAAACAUAUAUGAAUAGUUGUAAUAUGUGCUUUUGUUUGAAGAAUGGGAAGGAGCUAUGUACUGCUAAUAAAUGUCCAUCCAAACCUUAA